ACGCCUCUUCCGGUUCAGUCUGUAAACAGUGAUCUCAUCCCUAAUCUUGCGCCGUCUUCCUUUAGCAUUAUCUCCUAGCAUGAGCGGCACGCCGUCUCCACAGAAAUGACCGUGAACCCAAAUGUUUAUUUUUCCGUGUCCUUCCGAUCCGCCCGUUCUUUGACAUAAUGAUGAGUAGCUGGGGAUCUUUGAGUUAGCCUGGAGCAUGUUAGCAUGCUUAUUAUUAGCCUUGUAAAAGGGGGCAAACAAGCAGCUGCCUGGUGCAAGCUCUGUUAAAGCUGCUUUCAAGUGUUUUCACUGGGUUUCCUGCUUGAAGAAUAAUGGAAGGCGUGCUUUACAAAUGGACAAACUAUAUGACAGGAUGGCAGCCAAGAUGGUUUGUGCUGGAUAAUGGCAUUAUUUCAUACUAUGAUUCACAGGAUGACGUGUGCAAAGGUAGCAAAGGCAGUAUUAAGAUGUCAGUAUGUGAAAUUAAAGUUCACCCAACUGACAACACGCGUCUGGAGUUGAUCAUACCAGGAGAGCAGCAUUUUUACGUGAAGGCAGUGAAUGCAGCGGAGAGGCAGAAGUGGCUGGUGGCUCUGGGAAGCUCCAAAGCUGGACUCAUUGACACUAGAACCAAAAAAGAAAGGGAGUUAACAGAAACCACAGAAUCCCUGAAAACCAAGAUGUCCGAGCUGCGCCUGUACUGUGACUUACUAAUGCAGCAAGUGCACACUAUUCAGGAGUCAGUGGAACAGGAAGGAGAGUCGACGGUGGCCAGCACUGAGACGAGGAACGAGGCAUCCUCAUUAAUGAGUGCCACCUGUGAAACCUUCAUCAAAACACUGGAAGAAUGUAUGAAAAUCGCUAAUUCCAAGUUUAAGACUGAUAUGUUGCAAUCCAGUCCGACUGAUUCCAUAAUGUCCCCUGUGUCUCCCUCUCCCGUCCAAAUGUCUCGGAUGAAGCGCUCAAUCAGCCAUCCUGGCACCUACAAUUAUGAAAGGUCAAGCUUGCCAAAAGAGAGCAUGGUGUUGCAGAAGUCCUCCCAGAGGCGGACACGGACAUGUUCUGAUACAGAAACUCACAGCGACAGAGGGGCAGAGGAGACGGAGCGCUUGAUGUUCCACAGAGCCAACAUUAACGGUGACUCCACUCCAAGUAUCCCAGAAGAGGUUGGAACGAGCACAAAGUUCCUGUCGGAAACUGACACUCCGGAAUCUGACCUUUCCCUCUGAACCACGCGAGACGGCUUAUGAGACUCGUAACUCGUACUGCUAUGCAGUCGAAGAUUGCAGCGUUACAUAUAGUAGAUGGAUUUUACAAUGUAUUGUUGUAUUUCCUGAUGAAGAAGAAUUCGGUGGCACUUUAUAAAAACAGAUUAUGAAGACAACAGUAGUCUGAUUCGAAUGUUUUACCCUUCCAGGUAUUUUAAGAUAUUCGUUUGCCUUGAUACUAAAAUGUUUUUCUUUUUUUUUUUGUCAUAAAUAAUUAUUGCCGUA